AUGCCGAAGACACGAAACCAAGAUUUGUCUGCUAAGGACACCGAAAAGCCAGCUAAGAUAGACGAUACCUCAGACUCAAAUCCCACCGACACACCUAGCACUGCGGAGCCAAAUAUCGACAAGCAAGAGGAUGGCGCGGCUAGCAAGGCAAAUGAUAGACUACAGAGGUUUAAGGCACUUCAGGCUAGAGCGAAGUCUGCCAAUGAGCGCAAUCUGAAAGAAACCGCAGCAGAGACCCAGCGACUUGCCACUGACCCGAAUUUGGCUACUUCACUUGCCCGAAAACACGCCUUUGCCUCGCACAACCUCCUCAAGGCAGACACAGAAGCGACCGGCGAAGAUUUCGAGCGCAAGCGAGCCUGGGAUUGGACCGUUGACGAAUCUGAGAAAUGGGAUCGACGCAUGGAGAAAAAGCAGCGUCACCGUGACAACGUUGCGUUCCAGGAUUACACCCAGGAUGCUAACAAAGUGUACAAGCGACAAAUGCGUGAACUUCCCCCGAACUUGGAGGCAUACGAAAAGGAGAAGCUGGCUGCAAUCGAGAAGGCCGCUGCUAACGGCGACCUUGAAAUUGUGGAGACUGCCGACGGCGAAAUGAUCGCCAUCGAUAAGAAUGGCAGUUUCUACUCCACCGCGGACAGCGUUGGCUUCACCGACAACAAACCAGACCGUGCAGCCAUAGACCGACUUGUUGGUGAUAUCCACAAGGCCGAGGAGGUACGCCUCAAGAAACGCAAGGAGCGCCGCGGUGAUGACGAGGCAGACGUGACGUACAUCAACGAGAAGAACAAGCAGUUCAACCAGAAGCUUGCCCGGUUUUACAACAAGUAUACGACCGAGAUUCGGGACAGUUUCGAGCGAGGAACCAUGAUCUAA